AUGGAAGUCAAAUGUUUGGAAUCUAACGAAGCUUGGGGUUUGUUCCGUGAUAAAGUUGGGAGAAACACAUUAGAAAGCCAACCAGAUAUUCUUGAGCGUGCGCGUCAAGUUGCUAGAAAAUGUCGUGGUUUACCAUUGGCGCUGAUUAUCAUCGGCAAAAAUAUGGCGAGCAAGAGGACGGUACAAGAAUGGGAUGAAGCAAUUCGACACUCUUGCUUCUUCUGCCGCACAAUUUCCUGGAUGAAGAGAGAUGUAUCGUGCAAGCUGGUAUUGGUUUACCCGAAGUACCAAAGUGAGAAUGGGAUCGUGAGAAGGAUGUCGCUGAUGGAAAAUGAGAUUGAAAACAUAUCUGACAGUCCAGAGUGCCCUGAGCUUACAACUCUGCUCUUCCAAAAUAACGGUAUGGGGAAUAUCUCAGGUGAAUUCUUCAAGUCUAUGCCCAGUUUAGUCGUAUUGGAUCUAUCGGAGAGGAGAACACCAUCGCGGAACAAAAGUCCAACAACUUCAGGCUUCCCAAAUCUCUCCAUAGUGAAUUUAAGUGAUUGCGAUGGUCUAAAGGAUGUGACCUGGCUUUUGUACGCUCCGAACCUUACUGUUCUUAAAGUUAUUAGCUCAAGUCAAAUAGAAGAUAUAAUCAGCAAAGAGAAAGCUGAGAAUAUCUUCACAGAGGAAGAGGUAGGAACCAUCAUUCCUUUUCAAAGACUAGAGCACUUAAAAGUGGAAAAUUUGCCGAAGCUGAAGAGCAUCUACUGGAGUCCUCUCCCUUUCCCACGUUUGAGUAAAUUUAGCAUAAGAUCGUGUCCAAAUCUGAGAAAGCUUCCAUUGGAUUCUAAAAAUGGCGGCAGCAACCCGGGUGAAGAUCUUGUCAUAUAUGGAGAACAAAGCUGGGUUAAUAAGGUUGAAUGGGAGGAUGAAGCCACUAAAGAGCGCUUCCUACCUUCUCUCCAAGCUACCGAAUGGUCGGAGAGCAUUUCGGAGAGGACAUCAUAA